AUGAUGAGCACGACAACAGAGGACGAAGGCAAUUUGUGGAAUGCUGUUAUACACUAUUUGCCUGGUUAUCAAUUCUCCUCUUGUAAUACCACUACUGUCCCAUUGGAAACAGCCGCAACAGUUUUGGCAGAGGAGGAGAAACAAUAUUCUGCAAAUAGCAGGCCAAGCUUCUGGUCAGAAGAAAAUGAAAGGGGAAACAAAAGAGAAGAAAAGCAUUACAGGGGAGUGAAGUUCGUUAAGUCUCGCCGCAAGUAUGCUGCGGAGAUUAGAAACCCAGAAAAGAAGGGCUCAAGACUUUGGCUCGGUAGUUUUGAUAGGGCAGAAGCAGCUGCAGCAGCAUAUGAUCGUGCGGCAUUCCAAAUGCGCGGUUCAAAGGCUAUUCUCAACUUCCCACUUAACGUUGAGUCCGGCAUGUAUGUGGAUAUCUUUUCUCAAACAUCUCCUUUUCAUACUCCACCAAACAUUCCAAAACAAAAGAAGAGAAAAAGGUUAGAUAAAGCUCAAGCAUCCCAAGAAAUUGGUUCUGAUAAUCCAUAG